CAAGGUCGGGCAAGAAGACUAAGCAGCUGGAGAGUUUUGCGAAGUUUUCUUCUUUGGAUGUUUAAGCAGGGCCUGGAAUUCCCAACAAUUAAUAAUGGUAUCUCCUAUGAAGAACAAGAGAGGAAGACCUAAAGGGGGGCUAAGAACAAGGUUAAGGGUCCAAAGGUUCGAAGCAAGCGUGUGCUUCGAUCGGAAGCUUGAGGUGAAUGAGACCACUUGUGUUGAUGAAGAUACCAAUGCUAACAUUGUGUUGGCUGAUUCCAAUGUUGAGAUAGCAGUGGAGAUGGAGCAUUGAAUUUUUUGUGUUUUUUGUUUUUUUAAUUGGACCAUGGUAGUAGUACGAAACUAUACGUAAUGUUAAAACGGCAGCAUAUUCAGACUUAUUUGUCGAACUUUUACCUGCUUCUUUCGACCCACAAGAAAUUAAGCCCCAAUUUCAACUCUGACCCAGAAACAAAGAGAGCCAAAAGUUUCUCCGACUUCCAAUUUGAUCCCAUUUGCAGCUUUUUCUUGAUUCCUUCUCUCUCAGCCAAAACCAUGGCUGACAUCUCCGACGCCGAAUCCAAACCCCACCUCAUCUUCUCCUACGGCACACUCAAGCGAGGCUUCCGCAACCACAAGCUCACCAAGGAAUUAAUCGACCAAGACGACGCCGUUUUCAUCGGCCCCUACAUUACCCUCCACGCCUACCCCCUCGUCUGCGGCCCCCACGGAUUGCCCUACCUCAUCAACCUCCCCGGGUCGGGUCACCGGAUCAGGGGCGAGCUCUACGCCGUUUCGACCCGGGGACUCGCCCGGUUCGACGAGCUGGAAGGCACCUCCAUCGGGCACUACGAGCGGCUCCCGGUUCAAUUGACGGUCAAUGCGGACAGAGACGACGUCGUUCCGGUCGAGGCCGAGGCCUAUUUCGCGCACAGAAGCUUCGGGGAGGCCAUGUGGGAGAGGAAAGGGAAGGAGGGUUUGAGCGAGUUCACGGAGAAUGAGGCCAAAGGGUACGUGAAAAGACAGGAUAGGCCUCAUCAGGGUCGCAAUAUUCUCGAGGACGUCCGGCAUUUUGUGAAUGGAGGGUGAGGGCCAGUUUGGGAAAUGGCAUUGUCGAUGAGUUUGGAGUCCGCUCCCUAUAAAAGGAGCUUUAGUGUCAGUUUGUGAGGGCAUCAGAAAAUUGAGCAGAAUCAUAUUCUCUCAAGGAAUAAGAGAGCCAGAGUCGUAGUAGUAGCAGUGUGCUCUUCUUAGAAGCUCUAAGUGUGGAGUGUGCUUUUACUCCAAGUAAGUCUUUUCAGUUAUGAAUAGCUUUAGCUGUUUACCCAAGAGUGAGGCUCUGGGUUUAUUAGUCUGUAUCUAUGUUCAAUAAAUAAAUUCUAGUGUGCGCCCAUUACAUUGUCACAAAAAUAUUUGUUGUUCUAUCUAAAUUUUGUCUUUAUA